AUGAAAGCCCUUGUGACACAGCGCGGAGUGUUCGCACGAUCUGCUAAUUUGUUUACCGGAAAGUCGUUUGGCGAAGACGUCAAAGAGGAGGAUAUCCCUUUAUCUAUACCCUCUAAGACUGAAGUCCUAGUUAAAAUCCAUGCAGUUGCCCUCAAUCCCAUUGAUGCCAAGUUCAUCGAUUUCAUUGCUCCUCCGGGCAAGAUUGCCGGCUGUGAUUUUGCAGGAGUCAUUGAAGAGAUUGGAGAGGCCGCACUCGGUAGAUGGAAGGUCAACGACCGUGUUGCUGGGUUUGUGCAAGGCGGCAUUGAUGAAGGCCGCGGCUCGUUUGCAGAAUACAUCAAGGUGGAAGCGGACCUUAUAUGGAAGAUUCCCGACACUAUCAGCGAUGAGGCAGCCUCCACAUACGGCAUUUCGGCGGCCACAGCUAUGCAGGCACUACACCUCCAUUUGGACGUUCCUUGGCCUGAUGAGAAUGGAAAUCAGCAGAGUCCAGCUGGAACUUCGAUCUUCAUCUAUGCGGGUUCAAGUAGCGUGGGCCUUUUCGCAAUUCAGAUGGCAAAAAUGGCAGGCUACAAAGUCAUAACAACGGCAUCGCCUCAUUCUUUUGAGCUUGUCAAAGCAUAUGGCGCGGAUCAUGUUUUCGACUACCACGAGCCAACAGCAGUUCAAGACAUAGCCACAGCACAUCCAAGCAUUACCCGAGCUCUUGACUGCUUCUCAGAGGGCAAGUCGACUGAGUUUUGUGCGCAAAUUCUGCAGAAUAACGGUGGCAAAGUGGUGACAUUACUCGACACUAAGGCCAGCAUUCCUGGGGUCGAAGUGAAGAUGAUCAUGUCUUUUCAGCUUCUUGGACGGGCAUUUGCCUGGCUAUCCCCCAUUGGUCCGAAGUAUCCUGCUUCAUCCACAGAUCGCGAUGCCCUGGUCAGAUUUUACGCAAGCCUCUUCCAACUUGCAAGAAUAAUCAAGGCGCCUCCUCUAACCUCAAUCGAUGGCGGUUUUGGUGGCAUUUCUGAAGGUCUCGGCAGACUUCGGUCGAAACAAGUAUCAGGCUCGAAGCUGGUGGUCAAGUUCUAA